AUGACCGCUCCAACCGACCUGGCUUCGUCCCCGGAGGCGGAUGGAGUGAAGGCAAAGCCCCGCGCAAGACGCACAUGGUAUCACACCACUCUCUUCAACGCCUUCGUCAUCGGCGGGGUCGGCUUCAUCGCCCCCGGGCUAUGGAAUGCCAUGAACUCCCUCGGCGCAGGGGGCGCACAGGAACCCUACCUCGUCAACGCCGCGAACGCCCUGGUCUUCGGCAUCAUGGGCUUCCUAUGCCUUUUCGGCGCGCCCCUCGCCAACCGCAUCGGCCUAUCCUGGACGCUGUUCUUGGGCGCCGUUGGGUAUCCGGUCUACUCCGCGGGGCUAUACACCAACAACCGCUACGGCAACGUGUGGUUUGUGCUCGUGGGCGCUGUUGCCUGUGGGUUUAGUGCUGGGCUCUUCUGGGCGAGCGAGGGCACGGUUGCUUUGGGAUACCCGGAGGCUGGGAAGCGCGGGCGGUAUAUGAAUAUCUGGCUCUGGUUCCGCACGGGUGGUCCUCUGGUUGGGGGCGCGAUUGUGCUUGCGUUGAACAACGACGCCAAUUCGAAGGGGAAAGGCAAGGUUUCGUCGAAUACCUACCUGGUCUUCGUUGGCUUGCAGUGCGUUGCUGCGCCCUUGGCGCUGCUACUAUCCGCUACGGAAAAGGUGCAGCGGUCCGAUGGGACCAAAGUCAUCAUCAAGGCUGAGAAGUCAUUCAAGGGGGAGUUCAAGGCGCUGUUGGCAACGAGCAGGAGAAAGGACAUCUUGCUUCUGCUGCCCAUCUUCUGGGCAGCCUAUUUUAACCAGUACAGCAGCAACUUCCAGGCGUACUACUUCGGAAUCCGUGCACGUGCCCUCACCGGCUUCGUCAUCAACUUCGGUACCAUACUAUCAUCCACACUCAUGGGCACACUGCUGGACUACAAAGGCUUGUCGGUAAAGAAACGCAUCACCGUGGGAUUCUGGUACAUCGUCGUCGUGCAUAUCAUCGCCUGGGUCUACGGAUGGGUCAUUCAGGAGAAGUACACUGCCAACCCUCCGGCGUACGACUGGGAGGACAAGGGCUUCGUCGAGGGGUUCUUCGUCCUGAUUCUGUGGGACUUUGCGAGACAGGCUUUGCAGAACUGGCUUUACUAUCUUGUCGCUACGAAGACAGACAAUAUCUCCGAACUAGCACGAUUUUCCGGGAUUCUUCGCGGACAAGAGAGUUUCGCCCAAGCAAUCUCCUAUGGCCUAAACACCCAGAAAUGGAAGGGCGGCCGAGUACCUCUGGCCGUGAACACGUUCUUGCUUGGUCUCGCUGCGUUUCCAACUUGGCUCGUCGUUCGCGAUCACAUACCCGUCGAGCCCGACCCCUCCAGUCCAGUGACCAUGGAGCAAGAUGAUGAAGUUGAAAAAGGUCUCGCCAUCUCCGAUGUACUUACGUCGGAGGAGAAAGAGAAGUUCGCUAUUGGGAAGACGAGUGUGGGACAGAAUGUAGCCAUGUGA